CCGCCCCCGGCCCCAGCGCCGCUGACCCUGUCCGCCGCGGGCGGGGACGCGGGCGGAGGAGGCGCCGCCGCGGAGCCCCCGGACGCGACCAUGUCGGAGGUGCUGCCCUACGGCGACGAGAAGCUGAGCCCUUACGGCGACGGCGGCGAUGUGGGCCAGAUCUUCUCCUGCCGCCUGCAGGACACCAACAACUUCUUCGGCGCCGGGCAGAACAAGCGGCCGCCCAAGCUGGGCCAGAUCGGCCGGAGCAAGCGGGUUGUUAUUGAAGAUGAUAGGAUUGAUGACGUGCUGAAAAAUAUGACAGACAAGGCACCUCCUGGUGUCUAACUCCCCCAAAGACAAUGAGUUAAGGGAGAGUAAGAACGGCGGCAACAGUUAUUGGCAAAAAGAGCAUGAAAAAGAGAAAGCACUUUGAAAUUUAUUACUAGCUUGCUACCCACGAUGAAAUCAACAACCUGGAUCUCGUGUCAGGCCAGGAGACAGACGAGGCGGGAGGAGGAGGAGAAGGAGGAGAAGGCCCUGGGCUCCUCAGCAAAAAUUAAAAUAAAAAAAAAAUUAAAAAAUUUAAAAAUCACUAUAUACACACAUAUAAAGAAAUAAAAAAGUCUCAGUUGCAGCUAUUUGUCAAAAUUAAUAUCCAUUUCUUUUUAUACACAGUGAAUAUUGCGCAAUUAUAGAUCUGGAUUUUGAACCACUUAAAUAAUGAAACGGCAACACCGGGUGUUUUGAGGUGUUGGCAUUCUUCGCUGAUUUGGCUGUUCCCAAUGUUUACAUUAUUUAAUCUUGCAAAAAUGAUUCUGUGCACUUGGAUGUGAAAUGCUGUCCGGUUUUAUUUUUUUAUGUUGUUAUCCUUGGGUGUACGAAAAAUCAGCAAAUGAUCUCUAUAGAUACUCUGUUUUAUUUUGGUCAUCAUUUGAAGUUAUCAGGAAUGUGUUUAAAACAAGAAGAGAACUUUUCUAAGGAAUGAUACAUAGGAAGAAUCCUUGUUUUAUUUUAAAAUGACUUGUAAAGCUUGUGUUUCUUUGUUGCUGCAAGCUAUUUGCCCAAGUUAAUGCAAAUGGACACAUUUUAUAUGUCAGGAAAAAAACCCACAAAAACAAAGAAAAAAAUGCUUGAGCUUUUUCUAACCUCUUCCUGCAGUCUGUUGUGUGAGCAGCCUGUUUUUUUCUCUAAUAUUGUGUCAGUUUAUUCUCUUUAAUGGGCUGUAAAAAAAAUGUAAUCACAAGAGUGCCAAAUAUCUUGAAAUGCCAAAAGGCAUUUUGGUUUCUUUUCUUUUUCCCUGUGCUCUGAGUCCACGUAAAGGAAUGCUUGGAGUGUCUUUUCUGUUAUUUAUAGGGGUUCUCUUAAGGCACACCAGCUGCCUGUUUUGCAUGGUAUUUGCAAAAAAAAAAAACCCGCCUCUUGCGUGAGGAAAUCUUUUACCAUUUUUUUGUUUGCAACUUUGGACCUCAAGAGGUUUCUUCCCUUCCCUGUUCCCUUUUUUCUUAAUUCGAUAUUCUGGAUGUUGCACCUGUAACCAGCACGCAGGGCUCUUUCUCCGAUGUAUAAUAAAAGAACUGUCCCUGUGUCUCACUC